GGGGAGGGGGACGAUGGCGGACGGCGCGAGGGGGCGGCCCGGGGCGGCGGCGGCGCCCGGCGGCAAGGGGCUGACGGCGGAGCAGGUGGUGGCCCGGUUCAACCGGCUGCGGCAGGAGCAGCGCGGGCUGGCCUCCAAGGCCGCCGAGCUGGAGCUGGAGCUCAACGAGCACGGGCUGGUGAUCGAGACGCUGCGCGAGGUGGACCCCACGCGGCGCUGCUACCGCAUGGUGGGCGGCGUGCUGGUCGAGAGGACCGUCAAGGAGGUGCUGCCCGCGCUGGAGAGCAACCGCGAGCAGAUCAGCAAAAUCCUGGAGACGCUGAGCCAGCAGCUGCAGAGCAAGGGCCGGGAGCUGAACGAGUUCCGCGAGAAGCACAACAUCCGCCUGCUGGGCGAGGACGACCCCCGGCAGCCCCCCAAGGAGGGCGCAGAGGGGGCCAAGGGCGGCUCCGCCGGCGUCCUCGUCUCUUAGCGCCCACCCCCCCCAGUAUCCCCCCCCCCCCUCCCCGGUAUUAUUUCUCCUCCUGUUAUUAUUUCCCCUCGCUCGCUCUGUGAAUUUUGGUAAAUAAAUCUGGGGGGUUUUGGGUCA